UGUACCUGGUCAUAUACCCAACCCCACAUGAGAGUUAGACUCCAUUUCACAUUCUCAAGCUUUUCCAAAGGUACCUGUAACCUGUUCAUUGCCCACUGUUCCGGUUCCACCCCAAAUUUAAUUUCUCAUCUCUUUGUUGCCGCCAUGUCCACCGUUUCCGCUGACAAGGACCCCGGUUUUGGUCAGAACCAGAUGACGCAGCAGCAACCUCUGCAGGUUGCAAAGCGCUUAGAGAUGUUCAAAACAACAAUCUUCACCCAAAUGAGUAUGCUUGCUGCUCAAUAUGGAGCCAUAAACCUUGGUCAAGGCUUUCCUAACUUUGAUGGUCCAGAAUUUGUAAAGGAAGCAGCAAUUCAGGCCAUUAGGGAUGGAAAAAAUCAGUAUGCUCGGGGUUAUGGAGUUCCAGACCUGAACUCUGCCAUUGCUGAUAGAUUUAAGAAAGAUACUGGGCUUGUGGUAGACCCUGAAAAGGAAAUUACUGUUACAUCUGGAUGCACUGAAGCAAUUGCUGCAACUAUGUUAGGAUUAAUAAAUCCUGGUGAGGAGGUCAUCCUGUUUGCUCCUUAUUAUGAUUCUUAUCCAGCCACUCUAUCUAUGGCUGGUGCAAAAGUAAAAAGCAUCACUUUGCACCCUCCAAAAUUUUCUGUCCCCAUUGAAGAAUUGAAGUCCACCGUCUCAAAGAAUACUCGUGCCAUUCUUAUAAAUACUCCUCACAACCCUACGGGAAAGAUUUUCACUCUAGAAGAACUGAAUUCAAUUGCUUCUAUUUGCAUUGAGAAUGAUGUUCUGGUUUUCUCUGAUGAGGUUUAUGACAAGUUGGCUUAUGAUAUGGAUCACGUUUCAAUAGCUUCUCUGCCUGGAAUGUUUGAAAGGACAGUUACAAUGAACUCUCUAGGGAAGACAUUCUCCUUAACAGGAUGGAAGAUUGGAUGGGCCAUAGCGCCUUCGCACUUAACAUGGGGAGUGAGACAGGCACAUGCUUUCCUCACCUUUUCUUCCACCACUCCUAUGCAAUGUGCAGCUGCAGCAGCUCUAAGAGCACCGGAUUCUUACUUUGUGGAGCUAAAGAGGGAUUAUAUGGAAAAGAGGGCUAUUUUGGUGGAAGGAUUGAAGGCUGUUGGCUUCAAGGUAUUCCCACCCAGUGGAACCUACUUUGUGAUUGUAGAUCACACACCUUUUGGACUUGAAAAUGAUGUUGCAUUUUGUGAAUAUCUAAUUAAGGAGGUGGGAGUGGCGGCAAUCCCUACUAGUGUAUUUUAUUUGAAUCCAGAUGAGGGAAAGAAUCUAGUUAGAUUUACUUUCUGUAAGGAUGAGGAAACUCUAAGGGCUGCAGUUGAAAGGAUGAAUGAGAAGCUUAAAAGAAAAUGAUCUGAUGAGGUUUGUAACCUGAUCAAGUAAUUGGAUUAUCUAUUUAUAUUAUAGUAUAUAAAAUAUUGCAUUGAGGACAUUUUCCUUUCUAGAAACCCAAUAGUAGGAUGGUAACUCCUGCAUGAUUGAAAUGGAGAGCAAUGGAUGACCAGCAUAUAGUCAUUACCAUGUGUGUAUCGUAAGCACUCAAAUCUUGUUCACAGAGACUAUUAUUUUUCUUUGCGAUUUUCCAAUUUUUUAUGGUUUUUGAUUUCUGAUUACCUGAAAUCCUGAUUAUGAGUUAGUCACUCAUGGUUUUCAGAUUUCAGGAUUUCAUUGACUUUUUUAGUUGUGGAUGUACGUUGUUUACAUUAUCAUGUUUUUGUUGAUUCUCAUCCCCUGCUCCCCGAGCCUGUCUUUCCCCUUCGUUUUAGAUGUAUGGAAUAAACCUCUCAGGAGUGUUGUAAGAGUAAGUUAUUUCUCUGGGCAUAGACCUCUUAUGGAUCCCAAUUGUAAAGCAGCAUUUAUAUGACUUUAUCUCUCAGGAGUAGGAAUCUAGAAUAAACACCUAUUCAGAAGGUUUUCUUAACUUAUUCAAUUGUUCAGUACAAUAAAU